CAUAAUGUCCUAAAAAACCAGCCAACUUUUCAAUUUCAUCUGCUUUUGAAACCCCUCUUCCACAGAAUAAAAUAAAAACAAAACACUGGUUUUUUCUUUCUUUCUUAUAUAUCAAAGAUAUUAUUCAUUUUCUCUUCAGUUUCAUUCAUGGAUACUGCUCUAUGGCCACAGGUAGAGAGAUGUAUCACCCUGUAUCUACCUCUUUGUUUUCUUUACUAAACCCUCUUGGCUUUUCAAAGAAAUAAUUUACAGUCAAUUGAAAUUGUCACAAAUGCAUGUUCAAAACCUGCAGAUUUAGAGAGAAAAGCUGCUGCUAAGCCUCAAAAACAACAAGCUUUGAACUGUCCCAGGUGCAAUUCAAUGAACACCAAGUUCUGUUAUUACAACAAUUACAGUCUCAGACAACCUAGGUACUUUUGCAAGACUUGUCGAAGGUACUGGACUGAAGGCGGUUCUCUCAGGAACAUCCCUGUCGGAGGUUGUUCAAGAAAAACCAAAAGAUCAUCAUCAUCAUCAUCCAAAAAGCUUCCUGAUUUGGUUAAUAACCCUAAGAUCCAUGGAGGCCAAGAUCUCAACUUAGCUUACCCAGUUAGUGAAGUUUACACCACAAGUAUGUCUGAAUUUGUUAAAGUCCCUAAUAGUAGUGUAGAAAACAGUAAGAAGGAAAUUCCUUCUUCAUUGUUCCCUAGAUGUCAUGUUUCAGCUUUCGAGUUGGUUACUGGAAUGUCAUCCAAGGGGUCGAAUCCUUUCAUUCCCAUGCCAGUUCCAGAUCCAAACACAGUUUAUACGCCUGGGUUUCCCUUGCAAGAGUAUAAACCAACGUUAAAUUUCUGUGUGGAUGGGGUUGAAGAGAUAAAUGGGAGGCUGCUGUUUCCUUUUCAAGAUCUGAAGCAAACAACUGAUAAUGAAGAUAAUAAGGAACAAGGAGAUUCAUCAGCUGGAUUUUGGAAUGGGAUGUUAGGUGGAUCAUCAUGGUAAUUAAAGAACAUGAAAAGCAAUACUGCCCUCUGAUCUUUUUUUCUUUUUUCAGCUUUUCAUUGAUUUGUUAAAGUGAGUGGGUUCGGUUGGGGAUGACUUGUUUAGAUUUCUUCAUUACUAACACAUAGGAAUACGUGGGGUUUCAUGGUUAAGAUUAUUAUUAAUAAUUUUCUCUCUAGUUUAGUGCUUGAAAAUAACUAGUCUUUCAUUUUUGUUUUUCUUAUUUAACCACUUGGAAAGCCUAAAUGACAUGGAUACCGUGUUACAAGAGAUCAAGUUAAA